AUGGUCGACAUCCUCCCCCUCAGCAGCUACCCCUCCUACAUCGACCUCCUACCCUCGAUCCAAACCUGCAACAUCACGAACCUCCCCGAGAACUACUUUCUAAAAUACUACCUGUACCAUGCACUGACCUGGCCCCAACUAUCCUUCGUGGCCGUGGUUCGGCCCAAGAACGGCUACAGCAAGUAUACCACCGAGAAUGGACAAGGAGCCGGCAGCGCCGCAGAACAAUACCCCAAGGUAGUGGGAUACGUGUUGGCAAAGAUGGAGGAGGAGCCGACGGAUGGGGUGCCGCAUGGACAUAUCACGAGUAUUUCUGUGAUGAGGACGCAUAGACGCCUGGGGAUUGCGGAGAGGUUGAUGAGGAUGUCUCAACGCGCAAUGGCCGAAUGCCACCGCGCACAAUACGUGUCCCUGCACGUGCGCGUAUCCAACAAAGCGGCGCUGCAUCUUUACCGCGAUACUCUCGGAUUCCAGGUCGAUAGUGUGGAGAGCAAGUACUAUGCGGAUGGGGAGGAUGCGUAUGCGAUGCGCAUGGAUCUCUCGGGCAUGUUUAUCAAUUGGGCGGAGAUUGAGCGGAAGGAUCGCGAGCGGGCGGAGAAAGAUGAGAAGGAUGCCGAUGAGGGUGAUGAGGUGGGUGAGUUGGGGAAGAAGGAGGAGAAGGAGAGUACUGAGAAGAUGGUUAAGGUGAAGGUUGGGCGUGGGUUGGGUGUUGGGGAUUUGGUUGAGAAGAAUGAGGCGCAGGCUUCUUCUCAGUAA